AUGGCGCGUCAGGAACCACAACAGGAGCAGGCGGCGGCACUGGAGGAGUCCACUGCCCCCACGGUAUUGGCACCUCGCGCCCACCAGCGAAGAGGCGAGGGAAGGCGCCCGCGGUCGGACCAGCCUGAGGAAGGGGGGGGUCACGGGGAGGAAAAAACGAAGGGACGGGUGACACAGGGGGUGAAAGUUGCUGGCGCUGCAACGGCGGCUGAAACCAACGGCGAGGAGGUGGGUGAGAGGGCGGAGGCUGCGAGGGCUGAGGCUGAGGCGGCAGCUGCGGCGGUGCCUGGCGCUGCUGCUGCUGGCGGGGGGCCGCCUGAGGUCGGCGCUGCUGCUGUGCAUUUGGCAGGGUGUGUGGUGGACCCGGGCCGUGCUGGCGGGACUGCUGCUGCCUCUGACGGCGGCUCAGUUUCACCCUCUGCCACCCCCCAGGCUGCAUCACGGCUGGCUGAGGAGCGGGGGCCGGUUGCGGAACCGGAACAGAGAGGGGAGGAGGAGGCGGAGCUGGCGGCAUCCCCGGCACCGGUGGCUGCGGCUGUGAUUGCUGCGGCUGUGACGGCCGCGGUGGGAACGCAGGAUGGUGAAGCGAGCGCGGAGGAUAUGAGGGCUGCCGCUGAGUGCGCCGGAACGUCUGCUGCUGACGAGGGCGCAGGAACGCAGGAGCACGGCCAGGUGGCGGACGGAAGACAGGCCCGCGGGAAGAGCAUCGCCGCUCCCGCCGCCCGCGGGAAGAAGGGGAAGCGGCCCCGCGCCCAGCCAGCAGCGAGGCGGCCUGGAGCAGGGCUGGGACUUGGUCCCCCGGGACCCCUCCUGGGCUGGCUGCGGCAAGGGCAAUCGCCACAAGUGCCAGGGCUUCCGUCGUCAUCAAGGGGCGCUGCGGCGGUACAGCAGGAGCCAGAGGUGGCAGCGGCGACGCCGUUAGCGACAGAGAUAGCACCAACGCAGGAGCCGGAGGGCUCGGGCAGCGGUACCGGCGGGGCGCCACAAGCGGCGGUUCCAACGGCGGCAGCAGCCGUAGCGAGUGUGGCAGUGGCAGCGACGACUGGCACGAGAUGCUCAGCUAGGCUCGGAUCCGUAACCUGGGGACCGCCACGGGGCGGUCGAACACCGUGGAUGCCGGCCGGCCGCGGAGGCAACGCAACGGCGGGAGCGGGGGCGGCAGGUACGGCUGAACGGGGGAAUCGCGGAAACCCGCGCGGGGGCCUAAGGGGAGGCAGGGGAGGGCGCAACGCAGCAUGCAGAACGGAGAUCCCUGCUAGAACGGGCCCUUGGCGGGAACGUCACGCCAGGCCUGAGAGAGAGCAGCCACAGACGAAUGAGGAACCAGAGGCAUCUGACAACGUUGAUGCCGAUCCAGAGUUUAUGGCUGGGGAGGACGAGGCUUCAGAGGAGAUCUCACUGGAUGACGAGGAGGCCCCACCCAGGAGGGACAACCCAGCACCACAAACACGAGAAGCGGCGGGGGGAAUCCCACAAGCCACAGCGGACCCAGCAGAAGCAGCCACGGGGGACACUGAUGUUCCAUCGCCAGCCGACCUGGCUAGCGAUGACGCCAUCUGGCACAUGGCGGGGGGGUGGAAUGUGGACAUUUUUCUGCGAAGUGAUCAGCCAUUCCUCGACCGCCGCUUGCCACCACAGCUUUUGGACAGAUAUUGUCUGUGCAUGCUGGCAGCCCUCAUCCGCCUGGACAAAAACCCAAGCUGCCCAGGGGGUUGGACGGUGCUGAUGUUCUUGCCGAGGCUCACCCUGAGGCCAGCGCCCGAACCUGUUGCGGGGAGUCGCUGGGCAGCUAUUGAAGCACGGCUGCACAGGUUCCAAAGGGGCAAGUGGACUGACCUUUUCGAAGAGGCAGGGGCCAUACCUGCUACUGAUGCCCCGAGAAGCCGAACGGCGGAGUACGACCUAUAG